UUUCUCGCGGUAUUUGACAGUGACAAGGAAGUCAUGCUGUCAUCGCAAAAGCCGGUUUGGAGAGCUCUGUCUAUGGGAGAGCUCAGCGGAUUUUAGUCAAACGUUCUUUCUUAAACGAAUGCAGCCAACGAAUGUAUCAUUAACUCACUGCGCGACAGACAAAGAAUGGGAUGAUCACGUGUCAGGCUGUUUUCAAUUGACUGAGAUGAGUGUCAUUCUCGUAAUUUACAUUCAUCAGUCACUCGUCGCCAGAGAUAAUUAUCCUAGGCUUCGUUGAAGUACCUUUUAUUAGUCUAUGAAUAUUUGUUGUUUUAAAUAUUCCCUCAUAUAAAUAUUUUAGCACUAUGUAUAACUCGGAGAGGAUUCCUGAAACAAGUAUCGAACAGAACCAAACCAAUGGAUGCAGAAGUGACGUGAACUCUGACGGGGCAGGUCAAGAUAAAGACCCUACUGAUUUAAUCCCGGCGAGACCUUCCAGAAAAAUCGUCCUUCACUUUGAUCUCAACAACACAAUCCUUGUAUCUGACGCAGUCACAAGACAAGGAACUGUAGCUGCUCUUGAAUACUUUCUGUCCACGGUGACAUGGGGGCGCAUGGCAAAAGGUAAAUGGGAGUGGUUGUCAGAAGCACCAUCUCUCCUCCAGCCUUGUGAGGGCGCUGUCACAUACUACUCUCAGUUUGGCCGAGUGGCGAGCUUCACCACCAUAGGUCCAGGCCGACGGUUCCGGAAGGUCCUUGAGGAACAUCUAGAACUUCUCCGAUGGCCGUCUGACUUACCUGCAGAUAAGGAGCUGUCUGUUAAGGGAGAAGAUGGGAAGUUGUAUCACUGGAUCCUACCUUCCUUCUUCCAGAUGCUGCAGGACUUGGCUUCACAGGGUGUGGAGUUCGCCAUCCUGUUCCGUACGUUUGGCACAGAUCUGCCCCGUGUUCUGACUGCCAUCCAGCACGCCGUCGAACAAGGCUCACAUCCGCUCUUUCCUGACCUCCCGGCUCUAAAGCUGAAGGUGAAUUUGACUGCCGGACGCAUCAAGUGCAAUGGUAAGGGUGCAACGCUGAUUCGUGGAGAAGAACACGUGUCCACACGGGACGGAGAGCGGUGUGUGUACCAGUAUCUGAGCUCUGCUGAGGGUCUGGGUGGCUUCCAAGACAACUUUGACUGGUGGGCACGGAACACAUACUCCAUUUUAGGAGGAAAACCACUAUGGAUUGACCCUUUCGAUCCCAAAGUUCAGCAUAUCUUCAUUGAUGACAACAUUCGGCAAAACGACGAGGACACUAUUGUCCAUCCUAAGGUGUUUUUGGACCCCGAGGGCUUGCAGACUCGAACAGCCUCCACGUCAGAGCUCUACGAUCUGUGUCUGGUACAGAACGACCUUCUGAAGGCCAUUUCUGAGCCUGGAUAUUUCACCCGACGCAUCCAGAUCUGCAUUGAGAACUAUGAGGGGAACAUUCAGACAGUGUAGUCGGAUGCAUCUCACGUCAUGCAGGGGAACACAUAAUAUAAAACCGACAAAUUAUGCAUAAACACAAUCCUGUGGUAUGUGUGUAUAUGUGGAAAAACCAUGUUCUCUGCUACAACCACAGAUCAGCACACUUUAUGAAGAAUGUUGCAGUCUAUAGAUCAAUAUAGAAGUAUAUAUUAUUUACCAUCAUAGUCAUUGGUCAGAUUAACUCCAAUCAUAAAUGCACUGGCAGCUGCUCUGUAGAUCUAUUUUGUUAUAUGCUCAUGAAGAUGGUUCUACCAACAGUAUUCUCAGGGUUUGUGAACAUCAGAGAUAGUUUUUUAGUGUUAUUUAUAUUUUGAUGCAUUUAACUAAAUAAGUUAAUCAUAUCAAAACUAGUGCUGUCAAAUCAAUUGAUUGCAUUUAACAUAAAAAUUUUGUAAAUGUAUGUAUCUAUAUAUAUAUAUAUAUAUAUAUAUAUAUAUAUAUAUAUAUAUAUAUAUAUAUAUAUAUAUAUAUAUAUAUAUAUAUACACACACACACAAACCUUUGUUAAAUUUGAUUAUUCGCGAUUAAUCAAUUUGACAGCACUAAUUAAAACACUUGAAUUUUUAGACAUUUUUUGUGAAGAAGAAUUCAUUGUUUUUGCACUUCUAUUCUAUUUUUAAACCCUUUUGGUUUGUUCUAACACCAGUUCGAAGUGGAGACUAACCAAAGCAGAAUUUGACAAUAUUUCUAACAUGUUCGUUGCUUUAAAGGGAUAGUUCACCCAAAAAUUAAAAUUUGAUGUUUAUCUGCUUACCCCAAGCACAUCCAAGA